AUGUCUUCCACGAAAUUCAUUUCGCUCCUCUCCCUCCUUACAGUCUUCCUUCUCAAUCCCUUCGCCUCAGCAUCAUCACUACUCCGCCGCGACUUUACGCCAGGCUCCGGAGGUCUCGUCGCAUGGAAGGAUGGCAUUGAAGUGGGCUGUAUUGAUUCAAGUUGGAAGUUGGUAGCUGGUCCUGAAGGAUGCGGAGUUUUCACCGUUACCGACCGACCUAACCACCCUCGAUACUACAGUAUCACCAGCGAAAAGGGAUCCUGUGGAUACCAGUACCAAUUUUGA